CCCAAGUGUACUGGCCAGCUCUUGCUGAUGCAGGUGUGGAAGCGCUUGAACCUGAUCGAGUGCGACUACUUCGGGUUGGAGUUUCAGAACGUCCAGUCCCACUGGAUUUGGCUUGAACCUAUGAAACCCAUCAUUAGGCAAGUACGAAGACCAAAGAAUGCAGUGCUUCGCCUAGCUGUGAAAUUCUUCCCACCUGAUCCUGGUCAGUUGCAAGAAGAAUAUACAAGGUGAAGAGCUCACUCUGCACUGGAGCUGCGGCCCCCGGGGUCCUGUAUUUAUCUCUCUACCAUGAAUGAUCAAGAAUGGAUGAGUUAGUGUACACAUAAAAACAGAAAGUGAAGAGUAGUUAAAGCAGCGCUGUGACAGUGACUCAUGCACAGACCUGGAUGUACAGCAGGCUUAGAAGGAAGGUCGCAGGGGGGACUUGAGAACGAAGGCUGGAGGGCUGGGUCAGGGCAGCGUGGUGCCGGCAACCCCCCCCCCUCCGCCCAGGAGCAGGCCUGGCAUGAACCAGAGCCCCCGUGGGCUAGGGAGCAGCUCAGUCUGGGAGGCCUUGCAGAUGCAUGGAGCAGAGGCGUCAGGCCGUUUCUUUUGUGCUACUCCCUUUAAUUCAAGGUGGCUUUUUUGCAGAAAUGAUUGAAAGACAGUGUGAAUAGUAGUCAUCUGGUCAGUAAGGAGAUGGCAACUCCUUUCUUGUGCUUUUUUUUUUUUUCCUCCUGUAUGUUAAAAAAAGAGAGAGCGGAGAGAGCAAGAACUAAAACAGGACCUAAAAGCCAGCUUGAAGCCCCAGGUCAGCUGCAGGUCACAGAGGACGGGGUCCUUGUCAUAGCAGCAGCAGAGCGCCUCUCUGCCCUGAGUCCCGGCUGGACCCACAGCAUCUCAGAAACUCUGAAAGGUUUCUUGAGGUCAUGUUGACAUCUGGGAAUCGGGGACAGUCACAGCGAGGAGAGGGAGAGAGCUCUUGCCCUCCGCCUCUGUUUUGAGGUUGAGGGGACCCCACUGCAGGGCUACAGAGUGCCUCUGCGAGUGAACAGAGUGUAGCUGGCAGCCUGUUGAGUCUCUGGAGGGACUCGCUCUGAAAUAGGUCUCCUAACCCUUGUUGGUAACAGGAAGUGCCCUCUAAGUGAGAACCCUGGCCUCGACCUUAGCAGUCAGACGCGGAGUCAGUUUGACCUUUGCUUCCCUUGGCCUCAUUUUUAAGCAGUCAGCCCUUUUUUUAUUUAUUAAAAAGUACAUGGUUUUGACAAAAGGAAAACUUUUCCACGUCACAGCAUGUAGAAUAAAAAGCUGAAGUUCUCUGUCCUGCUCACAGACCCCACUCUCCAGGUACUUGUUUGCCUUGCAACUCAAGAGAGACCUCCAGGAAGAGCGCUUGGCCUGCACUGCCACCACAGCGGCCCUGCUCACAGCCCACCUCCUGCAGGCGGAAAUAGGAGAUUACGAUGAGGCCCUGGAUCGAGAACACCUCAAGGCCCAUGAGUACUUGCCUGGCCAGGAGUGCUGUCUCGAGAAGGUCCUGGACUUCCAUCGGAGGCACAUGGGCCAGACGCCUGCUGAGUCGGAUUUCCAGGUGCUGGAGAUUGCUCGCAAGCUGGAGAUGUAUGGUAUCAGAUUCCACACAGCUUCCGACAGGGAGGGGACCAAGAUUAACCUGGCCGUGUCGCACAUGGGUGUCCUGGUGUUCCAGGGAACCACCAAAAUCAACACCUUCAACUGGUCCAAGGUCCGUAAACUGAGCUUUAAGAGGAAACGGUUUCUUAUCAAACUCCACCCGGAGGUCCAUGGACCCUACCAGGACACGUUAGAAUUCUUGUUGGGGAGCAGAGAUGAGUGUAAGAACUUCUGGAAGAUCUGUGUGGAGUACCACACCUUUUUUAGACUUCUUGACCAGCCCAAGCCAAAGGCAAAAGCUGUCUUCUUCAGCCGGGGCUCCUCCUUCCGAUACAGUGGGAGAACUCAGAAGCAGCUGGCAGAGUACGUCCGAGACGGUGGGGUGAGGAGAACGCCGUAUGAAAGGUGGCACAGCAAGACCCAGGCAUCCCUCCGUGCUCUGACUGCAGACCUGCCAAAACAGAGCAUCUCAUUGGCCGAGGGCUUGAAGACUUCUGCCUCCCUGUCUCCAGCAAAUGUCUCCUGGGGUCCAUUCCUCUCCUCCCCGGGGUCCCCUCCUGGCCUGCCCAGCUUUGAGGACAGCAGCAGCCCCCUUAUAGACCCCCCAGCUCCCGACGCCAAACGUGCAGCCUCUGAGUGGAGCCGCAGAGCAGCAGCUGGAGGCCCCGGCCUGCCCUCAGCCCCCCCGCCCGGGCCCCCCGAGCCCCAGCUGGCUCCAGGCCUUUCUGUGGACGGUGCUCAGCCUUCUUCCUCCAGCCAGAGGAGCCCCCUGAGCCUGCACCCCAUACUGCAGGUCACUCUGGGCCCAGCCGAGCAGGGCUUGGGCCCCCUCCUGAGCCCUGCCCUCAGUGAGGCUGCUGGAGCCCAGACACAGGACCAGGAGGAACCUCUGCACAAGCUCAUGCCAGAAGACGAGGCCUAUUUCAUAGCCAAGGAGAUUCUUGCUACAGAACGGACGUAUCUGAAGGAUCUAGAAGUGCUCACUGUGUGGUUCCGCAGCGCCGUGGCCAAGGAGGGUGCCAUGUCCGCGGCCCUGAUGACCCUGCUCUUCUCCAGCAUCGACCCCGUCUACAAGUUCCACAGAGGCUUCCUGCACGAGGUGGAGCACAGGCUGGCACUCUGGGAGGUUCCCCCCGGCACCAACACGCCAGGUGACCACCAGCGCAUCGGAGACGUCCUGCUACCAGCCAUGCGCCAGCUAAAGGAGCUCACCAGCUACUUCCAAAGGCAUGACGAAGUCCUGACAGAACUGGACAAGGCCACCAAGCGCUGCAGGAAGCUGGAGCUGCUCUACCAAGAGUUCGAGCUCCAGAAGGUCUGCUACCUGCCUCUCAGCGCAUUCCUGCUGAAGCCCCUCCAGCGGCUGGUGCGCUACCGUCUGCUGCUGAGCCGCCUGUGCCAGCACCACCCACCAGGCCACCGGGAUCAUGCCGACUGCCGCGACGCCUUGAAGACCAUUACAGAGGUGACCACCACGCUCCAGCACAGCCUCACCCGCCUGGAGAACCUGCAGAAGCUGAUGGAGCUGCAGCGGGAGCUGGUGGGCGUGGACAGCCUCGUCGCCCCCGGGAGGGAGUUCAUCCGGGAGGGCUGCCUGCACAAGCUCACCAAGAAGGGCCUGCAGCAGAGGAUGUUCUUCCUGUUCUCAGAUGUGUUGCUGUACACAAGCAAGAGUGCAGCAGGGACCAGCCACUUCCGGAUCCGGGGUCUCCUUCCACUCCGUGGCAUGCUGCUGAUAGUGCUGGACCCACCGGUGGAGGAGAGCGAGAGCCAAUGGGCUGCUCCUUACUGCUUCACCAUUUAUGCAGCACAGAAGACAGUUGUGGUGGCAGCCAGCACGCAACAGGAAAGGGAGAAGUGGAUGCUGGACCUGAAUGCUGCCAUUCAAGCAGCCAGGAGCAGCAGCACCCCGUUCCCGGAGCUGCCAGGGGGCAUCUUGUGCACGCAAGCCCCCAGGUCCUCUGAUGAGACGUCACCGGAGCAGGAGUCUGAAGAAGAUGCCCGGGGGACCCGAGGCUCCCUGGAGGGGCAGGUCCAGCACCGGGCCAACACCAUGAUGCACGUGUGCUGGUAUCGCAACACGAGUGUGUCCAGGGCUGACCACAGUGCCGCUGUCGAGAACCAACUCUCAGGGUAUCUGCUGAGAAAGUUCAAAAACGGUGACGGCUGGCAGAAGCUCUGGGUGGUCUUCACCAACUUCUGUUUGUUCUUUUACAAGACUCAUCAGGACGACCACCCCCUGGCCAGCCUCCCUCUGCUGGGCUAUAGUGUGAGUGUCGCCACGGAGGCUGAUGGCAUCCACAAAGACUAUGUUUUCAAGCUGCAGUUCAAGUCCCACAUCUACUUCUUCCGGGCUGAGAGCAAGUAUACGUUUGAGAGGUGGAUGGAGGUGAUCCAGAGGGCCGGCACCUCACCUGGGCGGCCUCCAAGAUUCCUGCAGGACUGUCCACAUGCUGCCUCAGGGUCUGAAGGGGCAGUCAGGGAGGAGGAAGAGUGAACCCAUCUGGCCUGGACCAGGACCUGCUGUGGAAGGCUGUGGACAGCAGACCCAGCUGGGGCCCCAGAGCUUCCGGCCAGGCAGGAGGCGGCACCAACAGCACUGGAGGCCUCAGGGACGCCCUGGCUUUUCCCCUCACAAUGCAGUGCAGGCCAGUGGGUGGCUGGGAAACACAUGUCUCCAUCUCACAGGUUCUCAAAAGGGACAUAGAACCCUGCUUGGAGUGUGGGGCAGGGCCCCAUCUGAGGGCAGGCCUUGAACAACCAGGCAGAUAGCCCCACACCUGCCUGCAGCCCCAUGGCCCCAGCUCCAUCCACAUCAGUCAGGCCUUGGAUGCAGGCCCUGCAGAGGCCCCAGGCUGGCCCAGGGGUCCCUGCAAGGUUAGUCUAGCGGAGCUGACCAGUCUCUACUCCAUGGGCCUCUGGAACAGCAGAGCUGAGCCCCUGGCCAGGGAGGAGUCACAUGCCACCUGUUAACUUUUGUGACUGAAGAUAAACAGCAUCUUCUCACCCGCCUA